AUGUCUCCAAGAAUGAGGGAACAUUUAAGGAGUAUGUGCACUGGUUCCAAAGUUGGAAAGGUCCUUAAGCAGUUGACCCAAAUUACUAAGAACAUCACGAAGGUGGUGAAUAGGGAACACCGAAAUCCUGAGCUUGAUGCCUAUAGUGAAGUCUUUAAGAGGGUAGCUGCAGCUAAACUACCUGUUUACUUGGGAAAAGAGGACCCAGCCAGCCUUGAAAACCGGAUUAGGGAGUUUGACAAGCUGUUUGAUGCUAUCAAUUGCCCAAGUGAGCUGAGGGUGAACAAUGGGGUUUACUACUUGAGGGAGGAAGCUGACUUAUGGUGGGCCCAAAGAAAGGAUGAGUUGCUGAAAAGACCAAACUUUGGGUGGGAUGAGUUCAAGAAGGCCUUGAGAGAAAAGUUUUACCCUUCCUACCUUAGAAAGCAGAAAUGUAUGGAGUUUACCAACCUAAGAAUGGGAAACAUGUCAAUCAGUGAAUACUACAACAAUUUCAUUGAGUUGAUGAGGUUUGCCCUGGAAGUAGUCCCUACUGAAACCAUUAAGGCUCAAAGAUUUGAGCAAGGCCUAACCUUGACCCUCCAAGGGAAGCUAGGGAGAGUGACUUUCGAGACCCUAGAUGAAGUCUAUGGCCGUGCAGCCCAUCUGUACGGAAUUAAGGGGAGGGAGAUGGAGCAAGUGGGAGAGAAAAGGAAGAACCCAAACUCUUUUCACGGGGGUGAAAAGAGGCACAAGCCUAAUGGAAAUUACCAAGGGAAUUCUGGAGAUGGGAGGGACGACAAGGGGAACUUUGGGAAGGGGAAUGGGGGACAGUCAUCCAACCAUAAAGGGAAUGGGAACCAAAUGGGUGAGAAGCCCAAGAAGAAGUAUUUCUACAAGAGGUGUGAAAAAGACCACCCAGGGAAGGACCGUGAGGGAAACCCGGUAACUUAUCGUUACUGUCAGAAGUUGGGACACCAUGAGUAUGAGUGUUUCAAGAAGGAAGCUGAUGUCAAGUCUGGUAAAGUGAAAGAGUCUAGUACACCUAGUAAACCACCUCAGUCUAGUGGACCUACAACCAAGGCUGGAACCAGUAGUGGUGAGGGAGGUGCCCCAAAGGGUCGUGUGUUCGUGAUGAAUAGUCGGCAGGCUGAGUUUGCUAAUGAUGUGGUAAUUGGUGUUUUCUUUAUAAGUUCUUUUCCUGUGAAAGUCUUGUUUGAUUCAGGGGCGUUGCAUUCUUUUAUUUCUAAGGAAGUAGUUGGGAGUCUCGGGUUAGAGAGUCCUGAGUCAGUUUCUCUAGAUGUGUCUAUUAAGUCUGGGGAAGUGAGGAGUUGUUCGAGAUUGUUUUUUAGUGUGCUUAUUUCCAUCUCUAGGGUUGAGUUUCUGGCUGAUUUGAUCAAGUUUGACUUGAAUGACUUUGAUGUGAUUCUGGAUAUGGAUUGGUUGGGAAAGUAUGAAGCAAAAAUUGAUUGUGCGGCUGAAAAGGUCACCUUGACUAGCCCAAGUAAAACCAGAGUAGUGUAUAAAAAGGAAGGGAAAAGCUUGGGGUUGAGAAUUGUGUCUGCAAUGCAACUACAUAAGCUGGUUAAGAAGGGUUGUCCUUUGUUUUUGUGUAGUGUUCAAAAGGUUGAAAGUGAGGAAAAGAAAGGUGAAGAGGGUAUUCCUGUUGUAGAAGAGUUUCCAGAUGUGUUUCCGGAUGAGAUUCUUCAUAUGCCACCAGUGAGGGAUGUUGAGUUCACUAUCGAUCUAGUGUCUGGAACUGGACCCAUUUCUAAGGCUCCAUAUAGGAUGGCUCCAGCUGAGUUGAGGGAGUUGAAGACCCAGUUGGAUUAUUUGUUGGAGAAAGGUUAUAUUAGGCCUAGUUCAUCACCCUGGGGAGCUCCAGUAUUGUUUGUGAAGAAGAAAGAUGGAAGUAUGAGGUUGUGUAUAGAUUAUCGAGAGUCAAACAAGGUGACAGUGAAGAAUAAGUAUCCAUUACCAAGGAUCGAUGAUUUGUUUGACCAGUUGAAAGGAGCAGGGGUAUUCUCAAAGAUAGAUUUGAGAUCGGGUUAUCACCAGUUGAGAAUUGCGGAGCAAGAUAUUGCAAAGAGUGCUUUCAGGACCCGUUAUGGUCAUUAUGAGUUCACAGUUAUGUCAUUUGGUUUGACCAAUGCACCUGUAGUGUUCAUGGACUUGAUGCAUAGGAUUUUCAGGCCAUACUUGGACAAGUUUGUAGUGGUGUUUAUUGAUGAUAUUUUGAUAUAUUCAAAGGAUGAAGAAGAGCAUAAGGAGCAUUUGAGACAAGUGUUGUCAUGUUUAAGAGAGCAUUAG